AUGGAGAAACUAUUACAUUGGUCAAUUGCACAACAAGCCGGAGACAAGGAUGCUCUCAAUAAAAUUGGAGAACCUGAUCAAAAGGCAUUGGGCCAGUUGUUUGGCGGGCCAGACGAGUCUACCUUGAUGAAAGAAAGUAUACUCGUUGCAACUAACCCCCAAGUUGAGUUAAAAAAUAGGGAAAUUGCAAUGGAAAAUUUUGAGAUGUUGGUGGAAAAUUUGGAUAAUGCUAAUAAUAUUGGUAAUUUGGGUUUAUGGAACAAGAUAAUUGAGUUGUUGCAGGAGAGUGAACCAAGUGAAUUGAAAGUACUCAACUGUGGGAUAAUCGGCACUGCUCUACAGAAUAAUCCGAAAUCACAAGAAGAUUUCUCAAAGACUAACGGGUUGGAGAAAUUGAUCAAAAUUGCUGACGAUGCAAAGGACAAACCAUUACAAUUGAAAGCCCUUUUUGCAAUUUCGUCUGCUAUCAGAGACUAUAAACCAGCAUAUGAAAAAUUCAACAAUUCGAAUGGUUGGAACUUGUUGAAUUUCGAUACUAAAGAUCCCAAAUUCCAGUUGAGAGUGUUAUCAGUUGUUUCCUCCAUUUUGAGCAAUGGCUUGUCUGCUGACAUUGAAAAACAUAUCAGAGAUUCUAAAUUAAUUCAUUUUCUUGCCUCCGUAUUAAACUUGGACUCGAAUACUAGUUUAGUUGAUAAGGCUUUAAACAUUGUAUCCACCUUGAAUCGUUUAGAGUAUAAUUUUUCCUUAGAGGAAAAGUAUGAAAUAAACAGAGGAAUUCAAGUUGUUGAAGGUUUGAGUGACAAAUUAAAUAUCGACGAUCUUAACGGUGCUAAAGAGGCUAUCGAUAAUCAGUAA